AUGGGUGCGCUGUUGUCUCUUCUACGUUGUCCUUCCGAUUAUAAGCCAGCGACCAAGAAGGGCCACCGUGCAUCCGCGCCGACGAUGAUGACGCGGGCCAACAUCGCCAUGGCGAACAGGCGCUUCAGCAACAACACCGGCGGCGACAGCAACAGCUACGACGACGGAAGCAGCGGCGGCGGCGGCGGCGGCGGCGGCGGCGGCGACACGGCGUCCGCACGUGAGCUCGUAUUUCCAGACUCGUUCGAGGUGCUGCCGCAGCCGCACGACCCGAGGCAUUUCGUCUACAUGGCGGGAGUGCACGAGCAGCAGCGCAAGUUCCGUUGCCGCUUCUGCGGCAAGGGCUACCGCUGGAAGAGCACGAUGCGUCGCCACGAAACGGUGGAGUGCGGUGGCAAACCGCCGGCCUUCCAAUGCCCGGAGUGUCCGUACAAGGCGCGACAACGCGGAAACCUAACCGUGCACUUCAAGCGGCAUCACCAGAAGAACUACGACGAGAACGCUUAG